CGGUCACGUGGUCCUGUGAUUUGUGACGAAAGCGGAAGACAUGAGGAUUAAUCGGAGAGGUCCCAGUUGUUAUUAUAUUUUUAAGUUUUAGUUUUAUAAAUCACAUUGUCACGCUGUCAGGAUGCCGCUGUUCACGCAGAAUAAGCGCAUGGAGCGCGUGACGUCAACAGCUGAUCUCUUCACUAGAUUCCCUCAUCUGAAGGAGCAUGCAAAGCAAUUUGCAUCCAGAAGUUCAGAACCAGUGGACCCGAAACAUCAGCUGUACGUCCAGCAGCGAGAGUUUGCUGCCACCACACCUGCAGACAAUUCGGUCUCCAUCCUUGGCUCAGAUGAUGCCACAACUUGCCACUUGGUUGUGCUGCGACACACUGGUAGUGGGGUGACUUGUCUGGCACACUGUGAUGGAUCCAGAACCUGCACAGAAGUUCCUCUCAUAGUCAACGCUGUCACCUCCAGAAGUAACUCAGCUAAAGAGGGCAGAUUGGAGCUCCAUCUCGUCGGGGGUUUUCUGGAUGACAGGAAGACUUCUCAUUCUCUCAGUCUCAGUAUAUUAGCUGCCUUUCAGAAACAGAAAGAAGAAAUUCACCUUGAAACCUGCUGUAUCACCGACAUGAAUGAUGUCAUUAAAGAUGGGAUCCAUCGUCCUGUGGUGUAUGGAAUAGGAGUGAAUGUUAAAACCGGUCACGUGUUUCCAGCAUCAUUUAUGUGUCGAGGUCCAGCAGAGGAGCUUCGAUCUGCUCGCACAUUUACUGGUGGACAGAUGGUUGAAGUUUAUGACUCCUGCCGUGAGCUUGUGAAAAUCGGUCCGUGUACAUGGACACCAGAUGAUGAGUUGAGCUACUGGCUUUCAGAAGAUGAUAAAACUAUCCUGCAGUAUCUUUCCACCUCACCGUAUGCAGAACCUCCUCACUUCGUCCAGCACAUUAAAUCCACCAUCCGUUUUCUUCUGGAUCAUCCCACCGCUGACGGUCUGUUUCCUGACGGACAGCCGCAGUUUUACCGCCGGUCUGAGGACGGAGAGUGGAAACAGAUUUCUCAUCAGUAGUUCACACACACUGACCUCUCUACCCCACCAAAACGCCUUUGAUGCCCCCUCUUCAUACUGAUCUGAGACCUGUUGUGCUGUUUCUUCUUUAAAGGUUUAUGAUGGAGAAAUAGACACAAGUGACACCAAACAGAAUUACUUUUUUUUUAAUAAUAUAAAAGUAUUACAAAUGAUUUUAGUUUCUUAUAUACAAAGUAUAUAUGAGUUUGGUCCACUGGUGAUUUGAAAGAUGAAUUUUAAGCAGCUUGUACCCAGACUGUGUGUUAAUGUUUGUACUACUGUACAAAUAUCUGUUCACAGACUCCACCUGCUGGCCAUUACACUGAAAUCAAUAUUCUGUCAUAUAUUUUUAUGUCUGUUUCGUAUUUACUAUGUACAUAAUUUGCAAACGUGUUUACUCAUGCAGGGAUCAUAAGACAUACAUAUCUGUGUACUCUUGUAAAUGAAAGAAACAAUGAAUAGAAACAUUAAAUGUAUUUCUCAUUUGA